UUGCAGAAGAAGAAAGAUAGAUUUUUGUUGGAAUCUCUGCUUCUUCACCCACCAUGGCCUCCAGAAUGAGUAACAGCACAGACCUAUCGAACAAAUUCAAAAUGACCAAUACAAGGAACUCCACCUUGGCCAAGCUGGUUACCAAAAUACAGAAGAAUGCCGACCACGUGGAGGCCGAUAUGACUCGACGUGUGGAGCUGAUGAAUGUGGUUGCUGAAAUUGACAACCCACAGAUCCUCUUACAACACAGAGAUGAGGUCAAGGACAAGCUGGAUGGAGCAGAGGGUCUGCUGAAAGACCUCUUCCUGGAUGUCGACAAAGUCAAGGAGCUCCAACACGAGGAGACUGAAAUGAUAGAAAAAGGCAUCCACAUCCUCCAUCACCACUGGAUGGUACAUUUUGAUUGUCACAGAAGAAUUUAUCCUGAAAUCAACAAUGUGUCACGACCACCCAUCAUCGAUUGGGCACGUGUUUUUAACUGGAAGCAAAAACAGCUGAACAUGGCAGGGUACGGUCCCACCUUGGCAGACCUGGAGAAGCAAAUCGAAGCUCACAAUGUCCUGCAGAAAGAGAUUGAGUUCAGCAACUCUUGGCUCUGUAUCGAGACUGCUGGCAGUGAGGUGUUCAGGGAGAGCGCCUUCAGCCACAGACUGAUUCCCCCUCAGUCCAGGACUGGACAUAGUAGGAGGUCCUUCCUGCUGGCUGCUAUUAAACUUUUUAAUAUUGCUGUGCGAUAA